AUGGCCCCCCUGCCUGCAGCCCAAGCUGCCAGUCCCUCUGCAUGCCCACCAUACAGGCAGACCCCCAGGCCAGUAAAGGUUUAUGUCACAUCCCAUGAGCUGAAGGCAACGGGCACAGCACACUUCUUCAACUUCCUCCUCAACUCCAGUGACUAUCGCAUUCUGCUGAAGGAUGAGGACCAUGACCGCAUGUAUGUGGGCAGCAAGGACUAUGUCCUCUCGCUGGAUCUCCAUGACAUCAACCGCGAGCCCCUCAUUAUCCACUGGCCUGCGUCCCAGCAGAGGAUCGAGGAGUGCAUCCUGUCAGGCAAGAACAGCAACGGUGAAUGUGGCAACUUCAUCCGCCUGAUCCAGCCCUGGAACCGGACACACCUCUAUGUGUGUGGCACUGGCGCCUAUAACCCCAUCUGUGCGUUCGUCAACCGAGGGCGCAAAGCCCAGGAUUAUAUCUUUUAUCUGGAGCCAGACAAGCUGGAGUCAGGCAAGGGGAAGUGUUCCUAUGACCCCAAAGUAGACACCGUCUCUGCGUUAAUAAAUGAAGAGCUCUAUGCUGGCGUCUACAUCGACUUCAUGGGCACAGAUGCAGCCAUCUUCCGCACCAUGGGCAAGCAGACAGCCAUGAGGACAGACCAGUACAAUUCCCGUUGGCUCAAUGACCCAGCCUUUGUCCGUGCCCAGCUCAUCCCUGACAGCAGCGAGAGGAAUGACGACAAGCUCUACUUCUUCUUCCGGGAGAAGUCAGCUGAUGCCCCGCUGAGCCCUGGCGUCUAUUCCCGCAUUGGGCGCAUCUGCCUGAAUGACGACGGGGGCCACUGCUGCCUCGUGAACAAGUGGAGCACCUUCCUAAAGGCCCGGCUCGUCUGCUCUGUGCCGGGACCUGACGGAAUCGAAACGCACUUCGACGAGCUUCAGGACGUCUUCAUCCAGCAGACUCAGGACACCAAGAACCCUGUUAUCUACGCUGUGUUCUCUGCUUCGGGGUCAGUCUUCAAGGGCUCUGCUGUGUGUGUCUACUCCAUGGCCGACAUCCGCAUGGUCUUCAAUGGGCCCUUCGCGCACAAGGAGGGACCCAACUACCAGUGGAUGCCAUACACAGGCAAAAUGCCCUAUCCCCGUCCAGGCACCUGCCCUGGAGGGACCUUCACCCCAUCCAUGAAGUCGACCAAGGACUACCCUGAUGAAGUGAUCAACUUCAUGCGCUCACACCCACUGAUGUACCACUCCGUGUACCCCACGCACCGCCAGCCGCUGGUGGUCCGCACCAACGUCAACUACCGCUUCACCACCGUGGCCGUGGACCAGGUGGACGCGGCAGACGGGCGCUAUGAGGUGCUUUUCCUGGGCACAGACAGGGGCACUGUGCAGAAGGUCAUCGUGCUCCCCCGGGAUGACAUGGAGACAGAGGAGCUCAUGCUAGAAGAGAUAGAGGUGUUCAAGGUGCCAGCACCCAUCAAGACUAUGACCAUCUCUUCUAAGAGGCAACAGCUGUAUGUGUCCUCGGCCGUAGGUGUGACCCAGCGGAGCCGGCGGCAGGACAUCCGGCAUGGCAACCCCAUCCGGCAGUGCCGUGGCUACAACUCCAAUGCUAACAAGAAUGCAGUGGAGGCCAAGGACAACAGUGACCGUCGGAAAGAGCUGCGGGUGGAGGGCCGGGUGCUGCGGACGGAGCAGGGUCUGCUGCUGCGUGCCCUCCAGCUCGCCGACAGUGGCCUCUACUCCUGCACCGCCACCGAGAACAACUUCAAGCACACGGUGACCAAGGUGCAGCUCCGCGUCCUCAGCAGCCGCGCUGUCCACGCCGUGCUGGUCCAGGCAGAGAGUCCCCCUGGCCUGCCGGGG